GUUCCUUCCAACUCGCUCCCAAAUCCAGACGAGAAAAAGCUCCGCGUCUGCGGUUUGAUUGCGCUCGCGCCCCUUCCGAAUCCUCUCGCCACCCCCCGCCGUCAUGGACGACGACCACGACCACGACGCGUCGUCGCCGGCCGCCGGGGAGCGGUGCCCGUGCUGCUCCUCCCCCUCCUCCUCGCCGGCCGUGCCGUGGCGGCGGUCCGUGAAGCGGAAGCUGGGCGCGGAGAAGGGGGAGGAGGGCGGGGAGGCGGGGCCCACGGCGCGGGUCGAGGCGGAGGACGAGUGCGCGGCGCUGCGGGAGGCGGUGGCGGCGGCCCAGUCCACGGCGUCGGCGCUGCGGGCCGAGGUCGAGGAGGAGCGCCUCGCCGCGGCCAGCGCCGCCAGCGAGGCCAUGGCCAUGAUGCUCCGCCUGCAGCGCGACAAGGCCGAGGUCCAGAUGGAGCUCCGCCAGUUCCGCCGCUUCGCCGACGAGAAGAUGGCGCUCGACGCCGCGGACAUCGACCAGCUGCGCGCGCUCCUCGCCCAGCGCGCGCGCCGCCUGGUGCGCCUCCGCGCCAGGCUCCGCGAGUACAGGCGCCAGUUCCUCCACCUCGGCAUCCCGCUCCCCGAGGGCGAGGACCUCCUGUUCGCCCAGACCGCCGCCGAGGAGGAAGAGGACCUACUCCUCCUCGAGGGCGAGGACGGCUACGCCGAUGGCGAUGGCGAUGGUGAUGGAGGGUACUACCCUCAGCUCCGCUGCAACGACGGGGAGUACUACUACGAGGACGAGGAGGAAGAAGAUGCGGUUGCCCUCGAUCUGGAGCGCCGGAUCUGCCGCCUCGAGCACGAUCAGGAAACUCCCCUGCUUGAGCCACCCCUUCAGGAAGACGAAGAGGAAGGCACCCACCUCUACACAGAAGAGGCGUUGCCGGACUUGUCUGGGCAUGAGCAGGGUGGCCUCUAUGCUGAUGACAUGUUAUCUGUGGACGGUGUGGAAGAACUGAGCGACCUCCACAAUGACGAUGAAGAGCUGCCAGAGUCUCCUACUGCUGGCCGUGGUGAUAGGGUGGAAGCAAGCGAGGCUGAUGGUGUUGACAGUGGCAGUGAUAGGGUAUACACCAUUGACAAGGUGCAUCAAGGUGAGUCUGCGCCUAUUGCAAGGGUCAUGGAUAAGUACCAGGGUGAGGCGGUGGAGCCAGACAUUAAGAAGCUUUACAUGAGGCUGGAGGCACUGGAGGCUGAUAGGGAGUCGAUGAGGCAGGCCCUUGUGGCAAUGCGCACAGAGAAGGCACAACUUGUUCUUCUUUGUGAGAUUGCGCAGCAUCUUGCCAAGGAUGGAGUUCCAGCUGGGGUGGGGCCAGGUGUACACCGUUCCCCUAGAAAACGAGCAGUUGGGAUUGUAGAAAGGAGAUUCACGGAGGACAAGAGGGUGGCACUCCUCAAGACAUAUUCCGUGGUUGCCUUGUUUAAGUGGGUCCUCACUUUAUUUGGCAAGAAAAAGAAGCUAUCUCAAAGCAGGUAUACUUUUGGCUUAUCAAGUAAUAAUGUUGGUUUGCUCCUACUCUUGGAUAAGUGCCCACGGAUCCAGAAAACCCUCAUGAGAACAAAGUAAAACCUGCCGAAAAGAAGCAGCAGCAGCAGCUGUACAAUGUAAAUAAAUAGCUGUCAGUUGGGAAGUUUGCAUCGGAUUGUUUUUUUUGUUAAUGCUGGGUGGAGCCAGAGUUCUUUUGAUUCUUUAGUUGAUGAUUUUCUGAUUUCACAUCUUUGGUGAUGAGGAUAUGCGCGUUGGUCUUGCAAUCGUUCAAGUCACAAAAAAGCUAUUGCUUUGCUUCUUUCUCACCAGCAAGAGCUACAAUGCAUGUAUAGUAAUACACUGGUGGUUGGUUUACUUGCUUGCAGGUUGAUGAGUGAAUAUUUAUGACUUUUAGCUUACAUGUCCAAACUGCAAACUUUUGUAAAAAAAUGUUCCUUGUAU